UCUCCUGACCAAUCGGUACCGUUUUUGGAGAGGAUGCCGAACAGGCUCGGGCCCCAUCUGGGCGAAGCACAACGAUUCAGUUUAAGUCGAUAGCUUUGCUUAUGUGAAGCUUAUGGUUUAGUUGAAAGGAUUUCUGCGAAGACAGGUGGUUCGCGGAGAAUAGUAGCACUCCCCUUGCGGUUUGUAGUUAAUUACGGCUCGUUUCGAGGCCGUGGCAUGGACGAAGUACGGCCUAGCAGCGGUGCCCAAGCGCACGGGCUAUCGUCGCUGUUUCCCCCAGGACUGCAGGCUAUUUACGGGGAAUGUCGGCGACUUUAUCCCGAUCAGGCAAACCCGCUUCAAGUUACAGCCAUUGUAAAAUAUUGGUUAGGUGGUCCAGACCCGUUAGACUACAUUAGUAUGUAUCGAAAUAUGGGCUGUUCAGCUCAGGACGUCCAAGAGCAUUGGCACUAUGUCAGUUUUGGAUUAAGCGACCUGUAUGGAGACAACAGGGUCCACGAAUUCACAGGAAUAGACAAACCCAGCGGCUUUGGCUUCGAGCUCACCUUUAGGCUGAAAAGAGAGAUGGGGGAGACGGCCCCACCGACUUGGCCCGCUGAACUCAUGCAAGGCUUGGCUCGCUAUGUUUUCCAGUCAGAAAACACAUUUUGUAGUGGUGACCACAUAUCAUGGCACAAUCCCCUGGACAACAGCGAGUCUCGCAUCCAACAUAUGUUGCUCACAGAGGACCCUCAAAUGCAUCCCAUUCAAACGCCUUUUGGCACUGUCAGCUUCUUGCAGAUUGUUGGCGUUUGUACAGAGGAGCUGCAGGCAGCACAGCAGUGGAAUGGCCAAGGCAUCCUGGAAUUGAUGCGAGGGGUUGGAAUAGCCGGCGGUCCCUGGCUGAUCACAGACAUGAGGAGAGGGGAAACCAUCUUUGACAUCGAUCCACACCUACAACAGGAGAGAGUGGACCACGGCAUCGAGACAGAGGGCUCCAACCUGAGCGGGGUGAGCGCCAAGUGCGUGUGGGACGACCUGAGUCGACCGCCCGACGACGAGGAGGACAGUCGAUCCAUCUGCAUUGGCUCACAGCCUCGCAGACUCUCCGAUAAAGACACGGAACAGAUCAGGGAGACCUUAAGGAAAGGCCUGGAGUUUAACACCAAGGCAGCACUGCCCCCCAUCAGCAGCCAGAGACAUGACAGAUCUCAAAGUCGAAAGGACAGUUUGGAAAGCGAGAGCUCAACAGCUAUCGUUCCUCACGAGUUAGUCCGAACGCGACAGUUGGAAAGUGUCCAUUUGAAAUUUAACCAAGAAUCCGGCACGCUGCUUCCCCUCUGCUUACGGGGCCGCUUGCUGCACGGCAGACAUUUUACUUUCAAAAGUAUCAAUGGCGACACGGCCAUUACGUUUGUGUCAACGGGGGUGGAGGGAGCCUUUGCUACUGAGGAGCAUCCAUACGCAGCACAUGGGCCCUGGCUUCAGAUAUUGUUGACUGAAGAGUUUGUGGAUCAGAUGCUCGGGGAUUUGCACGAUCUUAACACCCGUGAGGAUGUGGACAAAACUACCAAAGGAGUACAGUUGGCCAGAGAAGAAGCUGACGAUCUCCAUUCUACCAGACUCUGUGUUUGAUAAUCCUCUGCAAUGAGGCAGAGAUGCUUAAUCACUACAAACAAAACAAAAAACACAAUGUCAAAACCUGCACAUCCACAUGCUCAGAGGACACAGUGACGUUGAGGUGUCCUCGCAAACGAAAAGUGAACUCCAAAAGACUAUCAGGCGAUCUGGACCGCUCAGUCUCAGGUCCAAAUUAGAAACGUUGGUUGCGCAUGCAGUCGUCACGUCACAAGCAAUAACUCGUGUUCUAUUUAUUCCAGUGGACACAUUAAAGAGGAAAAAAAACUCAGCUACUGAUCAAUUUAAAAAAAUGUUUUAUUUGAUAUUGCCUUGAUGUGUACAUUUAACAAAUGCUGGACAUUUUUCCUGUUAUGAUGCCAAAGUAAUGUCUGUCAUUCAAUGUCAAUGUUUUUGACUCAGUGACAUAAGCCAACUUUUCAACUAUUUCUUUCUUGUAUAUCUGACUAAUGCUGCAGAUACAUGCCCCCCCCUGCCAAGAUUAUGCAUCACAGGGGUGGGGAGCCUUUUCUUAUCAAGGGCCAUUUCAUUUAUAUAUAUAUAUAUAUAUAUAUAUAUAUAUAUUUCUUUUUAAUAAAGUCCUCCCAAGGACCAUACUAAAUGUACAAAAUAUAAGCAUUUCCUCUGAGGUUUGAUUUGUUUUGAGCCUUGCCAGAUCAAACUGUUUAUGGACAUAGGUUCCUCAACUUGUUACAUAGAGCCAGUUCUGUUUAUAAUGUCUCCAUUGACUUAUUUUGUAAUAACUGGUCUAUUUUAGUGUUUUAAGAUGGCAAUCUCUCCAGCGUUAUCUGUAGGGGCCAGUGGCGAUGAAAAGGUUUGGAUUUUUUGUGUUGUCGUUUGUACCAGCAGUUUGACAAUGAAUUAGAGCAAAACUCCUCAGUGCCUCGAGUUGAAAAGGACCACACACACUAAACGGUGUUGACUUAGUCAUCGUUAAUUCUUACAUCAUCAUAAACUGCUUGGAUUUUAAUAUCAAUACCACCAAAACUGAAAAGACUAAUUUUGCUACAUUGUCUUUUUAGAAUGUGUACUGUUACACUAUACUGUAUGUAAUGACAUGAUAUAUAUAUUUUUUGUCAGUCUUUUUUAUUGAGUGGUACAUUUUAGAUAACAUGGUUUUGUUAUUUGCCAUUUUAUUGGACUGAAUUUGCUGAUUAUAAUCCCAAAUGCAGGGUAGGUAUUUACACAAAUAAAGAUGGAACACUAAUAAACAAGCAUUUGAUAUAUUUUUGCCUGAUUAAAAAUACACCAAUCAUUAAAGCACCUGUUAAAGAAUGAGCACUA